AUGGUAAAUACCAAAGGAGAAUUGUAUUUAACUAACAUAAAACGAUCUUGCCCAGGUGCAUCACCAUUGAUUAAUUACUUGAAAUGGGAUUCUAAAGUUGAAAAAGCUGUUCAAUAUGUUUUCAAUCGUGACCAAGUCGCUCUUAAAGGUGGUUUAACUGGUGGUUAUAUUGAUCGUAAAAUAUCGCGUCUAGAAUUACAACGUACAAUAGAACAAUUACGAGCAACAUUAAACAACUUAGAAUUGAAAAAUGAUACAUUGAAACAAGGAAUAAAUCAACGUCAAUUAAAUGCGUUACAAACAACAAUGGAACAAAAAAAUGAAUCAUUGGAUGCUGAACUUGGUAGCGAGUUAAUAUCUCCAUUAUCCUUCGAAGACAAUAAAACCAAACUAGAACAUCAAAUCAAUAAUAAUUAUCGGAAAAAACGUGAACAAAUCAAUAUGGGUUUGGAACGAAUGCAAGUAGAAAACGCUCGUAUUUUAACUGAUGAACUUCAACGUGAAUUAGAUAUACUCAAUGAUAAAUUAAGUGAACAUGAAGAACAAAUUGAUAUACAUGAUAAGGUAGUAACCACCAUUGAUAAAGAAUUGAGAACAAAACAGAAAGAACUUGAACAAGUUCGAACAUCCGAUAAAGAUUUUGAUGAAAAAGUUAACGAAGAAAAACGAAAUGUCGAUAAAUAUGAAAUCAGAUUACGUCAAGCACAAAUGAAGAAAAAGGCAUUGGAUCAAUUUUUACAAUAUUCUGAUGAAAGAGAUAAAUUGGCUACAAGAAAAGAUGAAAUUGACGAAGCACAUAGAGAUUUUGAUAGUGACCAAGUAAAUUCCCAGAGUCAAUCUGGUUCAAUGGCUGUCGAUGAUUUUACCGGUGUUGGAAUUAAAGUUUCGUUUAAUGGUAAAGCAAACGAAAUGCGUGAUAUGCAACAAUUAUCUGGUAGUCAGAAAUCUUUGGUUGCUUUGCUACUCAUAUUCAGUAUAGAAAAAUGUGAUUCAGCACCAUUUUAUCUAUUUGAUAAAAUUGAUCAACCAUUAGAUCUACACUAA